UCGCCUCUGGUUACAAACUUUGGACCAAUCAGGACGCCGCUUCGCUUUCCAACAGCAGGAGCAGCAGAAGUUCAACCUGGACUGUUUUCUGAAGAAACUAUCCGCUUUAAAUUCAAACUAACCAUGCGUUUCUUCUUCUGCUGACUUAUCUUAUAGCCAACUAACUGUCAAUGAAGGAAACGUUUCUGAGUGAUGACAAUGUUGGGUAUGUACGUGCCAGACAGAUUUUCCUUGAAAUCGUCAAAGAUCCAGGAUGGAAUCGGUCUUUACACGGCGAGGCGAGUGAAAAAGGGAGAAAAGUUUGGUCCAUUUGCUGGUGAGAAAAAGCUGCCCAGUGAGCUGGAUGAAAGCUCUGACACCAGGCUGAUGUGGGAGGUCCGUGGCAGCAAAGGAGAUGUGCUGUAUAUUCUGGAUGCAAGUAAUCCUCGCUAUGCCAACUGGCUGCGGUUUGUCCAUCAGGCACCUUCGCAAGAGCAGAAGAACUUGGCAGCAAUUCAGGAUGGAGAAAACAUCUUCUACCUGGCUGUGGAUGACAUAGAGACAGACACAGAGUUAUUAAUAGGCUACCUGGACAGCGAUAUGGAGGAGGAGGAAGAAGAAGAGGAAGAAGACAUUUCUGAUGAAGAUGAGAACAGUAAAGAGGCCAGACAUCUUGUAGAAAUGGAACUUGUAAUCAAGAAGGAGGACCACCCCUGCUUGUUGUGUGAAAGCAGUUUUCCCAGCGAGGAGAUCCUGGCCGCCCACCUCCAGAGUCUGCACCAGAGGCCCAGCACUGAGGAGAAGGAGUUUAAAUGCAGGAACUGUGGCAAGAAGUUCCCCGUCAAACAAGCUCUGCAACGCCAUGUUUUGCAUUGUUCUGAGUCACCGGAUCCAUCUGGUGAUGCUAAAGCUCACCAGUGCUCCUUCUGCCACAACACAUUCAGCUCAGAAUCCAGUUUUGAACAACAUAAAGAAGCGUGUAAAGGAGACGCCAGGUUUAUAUGUAAAGCAGAGAGCUGUGGGAAAAGAUUUAAAAGCAAGGACGCUCUGAAGAAGCAUAAAGGCAACGUUCACACAGGGAGCACACGACGGAAACUCACGUGCACCAUAUGCAACAGGAAAUGCUCCUCCUCUCUGAAUCUUCAAGAACACAGAAAGAUACAUGAAAUAUUUGAAUGCCAUGCAUGUGAUAAAAAAUUCAUCUCCACCAAUCAGCUGAAACGCCACAUGAUCACACACUCUGAGAAGCGGCCAUACACCUGUGAGAUCUGCAGUCGAUCAUUCAAGCGCUUGGACCAGGUGACGGCUCAUAAGAUCAUCCACAGCGAGGACAAACCGUACAAGUGUAAGCUGUGUGGGAAAGAGUUUGCACACCGCAAUGUCUACAAGAAUCACAAGAAGACGCACUCUGAAGAAAGGCCUUUUCAGUGUGAGGAAUGCAAAGCGCUGUUCCGCACCCCCUUCUCUCUGCAGCGCCACCUUCUCAUCCAUAACAGUGAGAGGACAUUCAAGUGUGACCAGUGUGACGCCACCUUCAAGAGGAAGGACACGCUCAACGUCCACAUUCAGGUGGUGCACGACGGCCACAAGAAAUACAAGUGUGACCUGUGUGAGAAGGCCUUUGUGACGCCGUCUGUCCUCAAGAGCCACAAGAAGACACACACAGGAGAGAAGGAGAAGAUCUGCCCGUACUGUGGCCAAAAGUUCGCCAGCAAUGGCACGCUACGUGUUCACAUCCGCAGCCAUACAGGUGAGCGUCCUUACCAGUGCCCCUACUGUGACAAAGCAUUCAGCAAGAAUGAUGGGCUGAAGAUGCACAUUCGCACUCACACCCGGGAGAAACCGUAUAAAUGCAGCGAGUGCAACAAGGCCUUCAGCCAGAAAAGAGGACUGGACGAGCACAUGAGGACGCACACGGGAGAGAAACCUUUCCAGUGUGAUGUGUGUGACCUGUCGUUCAGCUUGAAGAAGAUGCUCAGCAGACAUAAGCUGACACACAACCCCAACCGGCCAAUGGCAGAGUGCCAGCUGUGCCAUAAGAAGUUCACCAGGAACGACUACCUCAAAGUACAUAUGGAGAACGUCCACGGGGAGACGGAGAGCUAAAGCCAAUUACAGGCGCACAAAUGAGAUUCCUCAGAUAAGGUUUAGUCUUGUGCUUUAUGUACCAGUAAAGUACAUACAUACUGUAUACACAGAUGGAUUGAUAGCAAAAAUGUUGCUAUUAACGAUAGAUGCUGGUAGAGAAUGGGAAGCAUUAAGGCAAAUAUUUUAAAACCAAAACAGAUUUUACAUUAGUUUUUUUUUUCAUCUUUCUGUUUCCACAUUGUUUUUGAUAUUAGAAACAAACAGAUUGCCAGAUACGUUGGAUCGGCCUCCGGAGCCGCUGUGUCUGCUCACACAAAUGUCUAAGGUUUCACCUCCAGUCGUCUCGGCUUCUUCAGUGUUACUGUACAUCAUGCUGCCUCCUCCUGAUGAAAACCUUGCUGAACAUUUGUGGCAAAAGUCCAAACAUUUUUUAAAGUGUUAAAUUAUGUUUUAGUAGCAAACUAUACAUGUAACAGUGUUGCUGAUCUGUAGAUGGAGAACUCAAGACUUUAAAACAGCAAGCAGCUCUGUAAUCUGAAACAGAUCACAAAUUUCAGCUUUUGUUUACAUGAGAGUAUAAACAUACUGUCGUUAGUCUUUCAUGCAGCCUUUUUGUACAUCAACUUGAGGGAAAGGUAGUUUAAUUAGACCUAAAUUUUACAUGUUUUUUUCUUUUUUGUUUAUGUUUGGGAAGGACUGUUGAUGUUGCUGUUGGAGCUUAAGAUGUAUGGUUUUAGUUAUUCAGUCCUUUCCCAUUACUUGCUGUAUGGAAACCAGUUGAGCUAAAAGGAUGUUACUGUUUCUUUGUCACACUUUUGUGGACAAGUACUGUCUCUGUUCAUUUUCAUGAGUAAUUAUUGAAUAUGUUUUCAUAAACAACACCUGGGCUGUUAGUCCGUACGGUCUGUGUUUACAUCGUUUUAUUUUAAUCAUUGCUCAAUACAGAAUUUCAUGGAUUUCAUUAGAAAAGUCAUUUUGUCCUCUUCAUUUGCUUCUUCGAUCAGAACCCACAUGAUUAAUCCUCAUUUCUCAGCUGUUUAUUCCACAUUUGGAAACUGAACUGUCACUUCCCACUUUUAGUUUUUAGU